AAACGGAAGCCUUUAAACAUCUUCCGUUGUGUCUCCAAUACCAAGCUAAGCGAAGAACAGUGACCUUCUCCGAGUAUUCCAGCGCAGUUACUUUCUAAGAUGGCAGGUGGUGCAUUCGCUGGCUGGUGGACAAAGGUGGCCCCUUAUUACACCAGGGCAUACCAGGAGAUGUGGGUUGGUGUAGGAAUCAUGACCUUUAUGUACUACAAACUUUCAUAUGGAGGAAAGAAAGCAGUGCAGUCAAAGCCUUCCCAUUGAUUGGACCACUGGGCAAGAGUGUCAUUCCCCAUGCCUCCUCUGUAAAUCUUCCCCAGAAGAACUUCAUCUGGAUAUCUGUAUUUUGUUUUAUGGAAAGAAUAAAACGCUUGAAUGGAUCACCCUAUGGAUAAUUCACUCUCUUGUAGUCUUUCAGUCUGUCAUGCAGGAAAUACCAUCGACACGGGUUAACACCUGUGAUACCUAAUAUCAUAAAACAUGAAACAGUUUAACUUAUGAAAAUAAAAUGUUAAAACAAGA